AUGGAUGGCCGCGACUUCGCGCCGCCGCCGCAUCUGCUGUCGGAGCGCGGGAGCCUGGGCCACCGCAGCGCCGCGGCCGCCGCUCGCCUGGCCCCGGCCGGGCCCGCCGCGCAGCCCGGGGCGCACUUCCAGCCCGGAAAGUACUUCCCGUCGCCGCUGCCCAUGGCUUCGCACACAGCCAGCGGCCGCCUGGUGGGGAGCUCCCCGGCCUCCUCGUUCAUGGGCAGCUUCCUCAGCGGCAGCCUGGGCGCCGCAGCCUCCCCGCACCCCAGCGGCCCCGCGCCCGCCCCGUCGGAGCAGGCCUACCGCGGCCCCCACCCCGCCCCCUCCCAGAUCUGGUUCUCACACUCCCACGAAGCUCCAGGGUACCCCAGAUUUUCGGGGAGUCUGGCCUCCACCUUCCUACCCAUGAGCCACUUGGAUCACCAUGGAAACAGCAACGUUCUCUAUGGACAACACCGUUUCUAUGGAGCCCAAAAAGAUAACUUCUACCUGCGCAACCUGCCCCCCCAGCCCACGCUGCUGCCCCCCAACCACAGCUUCCCCGGCGUGGCCCGGGCCGCCCCCAGCCACCCCGUCGGCGCCUGCAGCCGUGACCGGGGCGAGGCCGCCGCGCUGCAGAAGGGCGCCAAGGAGUUCGACCGCUUCCUCGUGGGCAAAGAGCUGGGCAAGGAGAAGGCGGGCAAGGCGGCGGAGGGCAAGGAGCGGCCAGCAGCCGAGGAGGACGGAGGCAAGGAGCGGCACAGGCUGGUCCUGCCCCUGCCCGCCGACGGGCCCUGCAAGGAGGGCCCCGCGCCCAGGGCCUCCUGCGAGGGCCGCCCCAAGCACCUCGCCUCCUGCCUCCUCAACGCCAAGGUGCUCAACGGCGAGACGGGCAAGGCCGCGCUGGCCAGCUGCGCGGGCGGCGUGCUUGUGCGGCCCGGCGUGGGCGUGGUGGCCUCGGGACGCUGCACCAAGGAGGCGGCGGGGCCCGCGGAGCCCGGGCAGGCCUUCGGCGAGUGCCUGGAGAGGCGGCAGGUGCUGCACCACUCCGUGCCCUACACGGUGCCGUCCGGCCUGCCCGCCGGGCCGCCCCCGCCCCUCAGCACGGCCGCCGGCUCCUUCCCCUGCCUGCAGCUGCACGCCGGCCCCGACGGGCUCCGCCCACUGCAGGACCAAGUGCCCCGGGACCUGAAGGCCAGCGGGCCCACCUUUGUGCCUUCCGUGGGACGCCUGGCCGACAAGAGCCGCCCCUUCCAAGGGGCCGAGACCUGCGCCGUGGCGGGGGAGGGCAAAGACCGGCACCUGGACGGGGCCCUGGCGCCCGACCACGCCGCACCCUACGGGGUCUCCUACGCCCACCUGAAGGCGGAGGGCAAGGGCGAGCGGCGGCCGGGGGGCUUCGAGGCGGCCCUCAACCCCCGGCUGAAGGGCCUGGAGUAUCUCCGCAGCGCAGGACCCGAGGCCCCCUUCCCCGGGCUCUCCGCUGGGGGGCUGGACAAAAGCAACUACUUUGAGUUGCCCGCCCCCUCCCAGGACUGUCCCCGGCCAGGUCACCAGGACCCUCUGGGCGGGAAGGUCACCCAGGCUUGCUGCACUUUAGACAAGACCGCCGGCAAGGAGGCCCCUGCAGGACUCCCCGGGGCCCAGAAGGUGGCCCGCAUCCGGCACCAGCAGCACUUGGUGACCCCCGAGAUGGAGCCGGGGGGCGGCGGGGCCGAGGCCAAGCGCAAGUCCCUGGAGCUGGCCUCCCUGGGCUACGGCGGGCCCCAGCUGCCGCCGUGGGGCGUCCAGGCGGGCCAGGGUGCCACCAUGGCCGUCGGCGAGGAGCACAAGGGCGGCGCCUACCUGGACCCCUUCGGCGGCGGCGGCGGCCUUCAGCAAGCAGCCCUCCUGCCCCAGGACCUGCCCGCCCCGCCCGAUGAGGUUUCGGCCAUGAAGAACCUGCUCAAGUACAGCAACCAGGCCCUGGUCGUCGGCCAGAAGGCGCCCUUCGUAGGCCUGGGUGGCGGCCUCAAGGCCAGCUGUGCCCAGCAGGACGCGAAGUGCCCGGCCGCCAAGGGCUCGGGCCAGGCCCCGGGCGAGGCGGAGAGGCCCGACUGCGCCCGCAGCCGGGAGCACGAGGCCCCGCAUGGCGAGGGGGAGGUGCGGCAGCCCCCCGUGGGCAUCGCGGUGGCCUUGGCGCGGCAGAAGGACACGGCGAGCCGGCCAGAGACGGCCUACGGCGCCAACAGCGGGCGGCAGGGCCGGGCGGCUCCGGCCUUCAAAGCUGGCGGUGGGCCCCGCUCCGCCCACACGCUGGACCUGGAGGCCGAAGAGGAGAGGGCGCGUCUGUGUGAGGAGCACCGGGCGCUGGCCAGCCGGGAGCUGCUGCUACAGGACAACAAGGACCUCGUGGAGUUCACCCGGAUCCACCCCUCGGGCAGCUGCCCCCGAGACCUGGCCCCUCACCUCAUGAUCGCUGGCGGCUCCUCCCUGCAGAGCAGCCAGCUGGGCGGGGACCCGGCCCCCCCACCGCACCCCGCUCACCCCCCCUGGCUGCCCCGCACCCGCAGCCCCUCCUUGUGGAUGGGGGGACAUUCCUACGGCCUCGGGCACCCCGCCCUGCACCAGAACCUGCCCCCCGGCUUCCCCGCCUCUGUGCCCGGCUCCAUGCCCUCGGUCUUCCCCCUCUCCCAGGACAGCCAGCUCGUCAUCCUGCCCUCGGAGCCCGCGCCCCACGCCGCCCCCCACUCGCUCGCGGACGUCAUGGACCAGGCCUCGCUGUGGCCCCCCAUGUACGGGGGCCGGGGCCCCGCCUCCCACCUGCAGCACCCGGGCCAGCUCCCCGUGUACUCGCGGUCCCAGUUCCUGCGGCAGCAGGAGCUCUACGCCCUGCAGCACCAGCCGCAGCACCAGCCGCACCAGCCGCCGCAGCCCCCGCCGCCGCCGCAGCAGCGGGCCGCCCCGUUCCAGCGGAAGCCUGAGGACCACCCCCUGGAGCCGCAGGAGCCCGCCCAGGAGAAGGCCCUGAAGUCCACCCACAAGCCAGUUGCCUUAACCCCCACGGCCAAGGGCACCCCCUCGCCUGCCACCACAGGCCCCACCAAGCUGUCACCCUGCUGCCACUCUCCUCCCCAGAAGCCCCCCGCCAGCUGCCCCACGUCGCCGCUGCCAUGUCCUGGCGCCCCGUGCACUUUAUCCGGCUGCCUCGCCGGCGGCCCCGGGCCCGGCUGCCCGCUGCCCGGCACCGAGGACAGGGGCGGGGAGGGCCGGCGGGCCGGAGCCAACCUCAGCACGCUGGAGCCAGGUGAGGCCUCUCGCGCCCCUCCCUCCCCCGGGCGGGGAGGGCUGAGGUGCGAGGACCCCUCACCCCGCCUGCGAUGGGGCCGCGGUGCUGCAGCUGCGCGCUCUUCUUUCGCAGACCUGCCUCCUGGACUCGUGUGCCCGGCGGCCGGCGCGGGCCGCUUCUCCUUCUCCCCCCACGUGCACUCAUCUGACCUCUCGGACCCCAAAACUAUGCAAAACCCUGUCCCCGGGGCGCGGCCUGAGCCAGCACGGACGCCCGUGCCCGGGGAGCCGUCCCGCCGGAGCCCCCAGCGCCUGGAGGAGCCUGGGCUGCCCUCGGGGGCCAGGGAGGCCGCCCAGGGCCGCGCUGUCAUCCCCUGCCCUGCGGAGCAGGGCCCCCCGGAGGAGGCGGCGGACCCCAGCCCACUGGAGGGGCUACAGGAACUGCGAUGUGGGGCCCUCCUCCAGGGAGGGGGCCCCGAAGCCACUGGCCCAGCUAAUUCUACUCAGGGAGGGGCCCGAGAAGAGAGGACUACGGGGGAGGGGAGGGAAGAAGGGGAGCAGGAGCCCUCGUCGGGGGCUGGCUGCCAGGCCCUGGAGCAGCAGGCGGGGAGCCCCCGAACCCUGGACCAGGCCGAGCGGGGCACGUGGCAGACCCCGGGGGAGGCGGGGCCAGAGGAGGCAGCCAAGUGCGAGGAGGACGAGCUGGAGGAGGAGGAGGAGGAGGAGGAAGAGGAGGAGGAGGAGGACUGGGGGUCAACUCCCGACAACAGCCACCUGCCCGGGGUGCUGCUGGGCCUGGACGCUCUGGUGGCUGCCACCAUUGACCUAGGGGACUUGCCUGGCAUCAGCCCGCUGGACCCUCAGCCACCCGCUGUCCCUGGGCCACCCAGCACAGCCCCCCUGCCCCACAGCUCAGGGAUCCACGGCAUCGCCCUGCUCAGCGAGCUGGCCGACCUGGACUUCCAGCCACAGCGGAGGGAGCCGGCCCUGCCAGAGGAGGAGGACGUGCUGGCCUUCAACCUGCAGCGCCUAGCCACGUUGGCCUCGGCCUGGUCCCUGGUGGAGGCCGCUGGCCUGGGCAGCCCCGCCGCCUCGGGCCGGCCCCCCGCUGCCGGCCCCUGCAGGGCUCCCACGCUCACCCCCCGCAUGCAGAUCCUCCAGCGCAAGGACACCUGGACGCCCAAGGCCAAGCCUGUAUGCCCACUGAAGGCCGCCAUCGACCGGCUGGACACGCAGGAGGUGGAGAUGCGGGUGCAGCUGGCGGAGCUGCAGAGGCGGUACAAGGAGAAGCAGCGGGAGCUGGCCCGCCUGCAGCGCAGGCAUGACCGCGAGAGAGACGAGAGUGCGCGGAGCCCAGCGAGGCGAGGGCCUGGCCGGCCGAGGAAGCGAAAAUACUCCAGUUUGCUGCCCGCCCUGCGUCCCGGGGGCCAGCUCCCCAGGGGCGACGUUAAGAAAGUCAAGGCGGUGCGGUCCGGCCUGAGCCUGCUGUGCGCCGAGCUGCAGGACAGCGAGGAGCCCGUGCGGAAGCGGAGCCGACUGGAGAAGGGCGUCUACGUGGGCCUGCAGGCCGGCUCCGUGGGGAAGGUCCGGUGCAAGAAGAGCCGCAGUCAGGGAGAGCUGGCGUCCACGGUGGCCCACAAGGUGGCCCAGCUGAAGCCAAAGGUUAAGAGCAAGGGACUGCCUGCUGGCCUCAGCCCGUUCCCAGCGGGGCGCGUCCGGAAGAAGCUGUCCCCAGCCAAGAGCACCAAGGUGUCCGGAGCAGCCAGGCACCCACAGCCUGAGGGUGACGGUGGCGGCGGCAGGGAGACACCCAAGUUCCCGGCUGAGGCAGCCACAGCACCGGAGGCAGGCAAUGGCUAUGACAGUGAGAGCUGCGAGGGUCUCUUGGGGACAGAAGUGCCCCCCGUGGAGCCGGGGCUGGCGCUGCCGGCCGGUGCCAGCGGGGUGGUGCUGGGGCCCUCGCCCUCCUCCGUGGUCAAGAUGGAAGCCAACCAGAAGGCCAAGAAGAAGAAGGAGCGGCAGGGCUUGCUAGGGGCCUGCCGCCUGUCCAGCCCGGAGAGCGAGGUCAAGAUCAAAAGGAGAACAGCGAAGGCCAAGGUGGGCACCAAGCUGGAGCGGGCCCCCGGGCGCAGGCCCCCUGGGGCACCAGGCAAGAAGAAAGCCAAGGGCAAAGCCAAGGGCGGCCUGCGAGCAGAGCCGGGGGCCCCCUCCAGCCGGGAUGCCCUCUUCGGCGCUGCCCGGGCCUUGACCUGCCGGGAGGAGGGCAGCCAGCUGGCCAGCGAGCGCCUCAAGCGGGCCACACGCAAGAGCACGGCGCUGCAGCCAGGACUGCGGCGGAAGAACGGGGCCCUGUCCCUCGCGCUGUCGCCCCGCAACGCCAAGGCCAUCCUGGGGAAGGGCAGGACGGCGGGCCGGAGGGCAAGCAAGGCCGUCGGCAAGCAGGGCAAGGGCCGGGCGGUGAGCCGGCUGCUGGAGAGCUUCGCCGUGGAGGACGACUUCGAGUUUGACGACAGCAGCAGCUUCGAGGAGGAGGAGGAAGAGGAGGAGGAGGAGGAGGCAGCGAGCGGUUCCCUGAGCGCGGAGCAGAGCGCCGCCCUGGCACGCUCGUGCACCAUCCACAAGGAGGACCUGCAGGACGGGCUGCCUGUGCUCAUCCCGAAGGAAGACAGCCUGCUGUACGCGGGGAGCGUGCGGACCCUGCGGCCGCCCGACAUCUACAGCAUCGUCAUCGACGGGGAGAGAGGCAACCGGCAGAGGAUCUACUCGCUGGAGCAGCUGCUGCAGGAGGCGGUCCUCGAUGUCCGGCCCCAGUCCAGCCGGUACCUCCCGCCCGGCACCAGGGUCUGCGCCUACUGGAGCCAGAAGUCCCGUUGCCUGUACCCGGGCAACGUGGUCCGAGGCAACUCCAGUGACGAGGAGGAGGACCUGGACUCUGUGGUGGUGGAGUUUGACGACGGGGACACCGGCCACAUCGCUGUGUCCAACAUCAGGCUGCUGCCUCCAGAUUUCAAGAUCCAGUGCACAGAGCCGUCGCCGGCUCUGCUGGUGUCCAGCAGCUGCCGGAGGACCAAGAAGGCUUCCUGUGAGGCCCCCCCACCCAGUGAGCCCACCGCCCCCAGCCUGUCCCCCAAGGUGCAUGAGGGCCCCGAAGCCUCGAAGACCCCCGGGAAGAAAUCCAUCAGCAAAGACAAAGCUGGCAAAGCGGAUCUCCUAACCUCGGGUGCCAAGCCCCCCGCAGGGGCCUCGGACCACUUCCUGGGCCGCCGGGGCAGCCCGCUGCUGAGCUGGUCGGCGGUGGCGCAGACCAAGCGGAAGGCGGCGGCGGGCGGCAAGGGGCCCGGACUGCUGCAGAACCUCUUCCAGACCAACGGCAGCACCAAGAAGCUGCGUGCACGCGAGGCGCUGUUCCCCGUGCACAGCGUGGCAGCGCCCGUGUUCGGCAACGGCUUCCGCGCCGACUCCUUCAGCAGCCUGGCCAGCUCCUAUGCACCUUUCAUAGGCGGCGCCGGGCCGGGCCUGCCCGGAGGUGCCCACAGGCUGCUGCGGGCCAAGAAGGCGGAGCGGGCCGAGGUGGAGAAAGGCGGGCGGCGGCGGGCGGGCGGCGAGUUCCUGGUCAAGCUGGACCACGAGGGCGUGACUUCCCCCAAGAACAAGAACUGCAAAGCGCUGCUCAUGGGCGACAAGGACCUGGGGCCCAAGCUGGGGCGCCCCCUGCCCAGCCCCAGCUACGCGCACCCGGCCCUCGUGGGCAAGGACAGGAAGGGGCGGGCACCCGUCCACCCGCUGCCUGUGGGGCUGGCGUUGCGCAAGUUCGCUGGCCAGGCCGAGUGCCCGCUGCCCUGUGACAGUGACUGCCACAGCUCCUACUCGGACGAGGAGGAGGACAGCCCCGGGCUGGCCCCCGGCGUGCCCGCCCGCUUCCUCGCCCGCUUGUCCGUGUCCUCCUCGUCCUCCGGUUCGUCCACCUCCUCGUCCUCGGGCUCCCUGUCCACUUCCAGCCUCUGCUCCUCGGACGACGAGGGGUCCUCCUGUAGCUCGGAUGACGAGGACCCGGCCCUGCUGCUGCAGACCUGCCUCACCCACCCCGUGCCCGCCCUCCUGGCCCAGACCGAGGCCCUGCGCUCCAAGGCGGGGGGCCCCCACCCGCACGCCCAGCGCUGCUUCCUGUCCAGGGCCGCCGUGGCGGGUGGGGGUGCAGGCGCGGGCCCCAGCGGCGGCAAAUCCAAGCUCAAGCGCAAGGAGGCCCUGAGCUUCUCCAAAGCCAAAGAGGGUUCGCGGAGGCAGCGGCUGCCGUCCGUGGAAAACCGGCCAAAGAUCUCUGCCUUCCUGCCUGCCCGGCAGCUCUGGAAGUGGUCAGGGAGCCCCACGCAGAGGCGCGGCAUGAAGGGGAAGGCCAGGAAGCUGUUCUACAAGGCCAUCGUCCGGGGCAAGGAGACGCUGCGCGUCGGGGACUGUGCCGUCUUCCUGUCGGCUGGCCGCCCCAACCUGCCCUACAUCGGCCGCAUCGAGAGCCUGUGGGAGUCGUGGGGCAGCAACAUGGUGGUGAAGGUGAAGUGGUUCUACCACCCGGAGGAGACCAAGCUGGGGAAGCGCCACAGUGACGGCCAGAACGCCCUGUACCAGUCCUGCCACGAGGACGAGAACGACGUGCAGACCAUCUCUCACAAGUGCCAGGUCGUGGGGCGUGAGCAGUACGAGCAGAUGACACAGAGCCGCCAGGGCCCGGACCAGCGGGACCUCUACUACCUGGCGGGCACCUACGACCCCGCCACGGGGCGCCUGGUGACGGCCGACGGCGUGCCCAUCCUGUGCUGAGCCU